AAGCUGGUUUCGUCGAAGGCUAUUUUUUUGGGAUUUCCAUUCGAUCUGCUGAGCUGGGUUGGUUCUCCGCCUUGCAACCUGUUGAGUCCUGGUUCUUGGUGGCUUUAAAAUCACCUCGAAUCUCGAGCACUUCCGUCCCGAAUUUCACAAAUCAUUGCUCACGCUCAUUGCCGCGCAAAAGAACAGACCACGGAUAUAAUCACACGUAUGACCUGGCCGCACGGAACGAAAAAAAAAACGAACUUCGAAGAUGGAUCAUCCGCUUGCCGAGAAAAAACUUAACAUUUUGACAGAUAGCGGGCACGUGUAAACAACAAUAGUUUUUAUUUAAACCAAAAAAUUAAGUUAAGUUGAAUCAACGCUGUUUUAGGUAGAAUCAAAGCGACAAUUUUGUUGUUAUUUUUCAAAGAGUUCGACAAAAUACAGUAAGUUAAUUCAACUCAAAGUUUUGAGUUGUUUCAAUUGGUUUUCAGGGUUACUUUAACAAAAAAUCGUCAAAUUGAAACAACAAAAUAUUUUUUUGAUUCAAAUAGGCUUGAUUUUUCUGCGUGUAUUAUCUAUUCCCCAAUAACAUUUGUGUAACAAAGCGAGAAAACCUAUGGUUAUUUAUAGAAUGGUUGGUCACGCCCAUUUUUCUGAAGGUGUCGUCGCAUGACAAUGUUAGAUAAGCAGUGAAACAAACAGUGCAAUAUUGUUUUUAUUCAACAAACUGUUUUCGAGCAAAACAUUGCAGAUGAGGGAACAGCAUCUUGGCAUAUCAGCACUUUGACGUUCAAUUACAGCUCAUAAAAAGUGUUUUCGAGUGAAAUAAAGUGAUAAACAGCUCAAAAGGAAGUGAGCAAGCAAAUUUCUAUCAAAAGUGUUCCAAAAUAAAUUGUUUUAAUAGUGAAAAAAAGCAAAUUGCAUGGGGUUAGGAGCGAGUGCAUAUUCCCUAUGUUGUGUGUAAAAGUUGUAAAAGAGUGAAGUUGCAUGUUGGUUGACUCUGUUGUAACACUUGUGUGGCACAAAUCUCAAGAGUUACAUAAGUCAGGUAUACAAGUAGUGAAAUAAACUGUUAUUUAACUAACGUUGAAAUUUUUUCUCGUAUGUUGAUCAAAAACAGCUGUCUAACUGUUAUUCAACAGACGACAAGUUAUGAGUGCUACUUCACACAAAGAGCAAUUCCAGCUCAAAUCGGGAAUUUUUCUGGAACUUAUGUACCCGACCCUCUCCGAUUUCAAUGAAACUUUUUAGACAUGUUAUCCUAGGCCUAUAUAAGCCAUUUUUGUGUAUAUGGAGCCAAUAGUACUCGAAAAUAACAUUUGAGAAGGGCGUAAGGUAUUAAAAUAUUAGUGUAUUUUGCAAUUUAAAAAUUACUGUAUCUCGAAGCCGUUGCGUCGUAUCAAAAAGUGGUCAAAGACAAACUUGUAGGAAAUUGGACGGGCUUUCUGAAAAAAAUACACUGAAACAAAAAUACACGCCACUUCUAUGUGAUUUUUCGAUUUUUAUGUCUAAAACUUAAAUUUAAAGGUGUUGUCACGAUUUUUUUUCGUUCAAAAUUUUUGAGUAAAUUGCCUAAGAUGUUACCAAAAGACUGACGAAAAAUGCAGGAUGGUAUGUCCCUCCUAAAAAAACACAAAAAUCAUUUACUAAAACUGUUUUUUUGAAAAGUGGUCUAAUCGUCAAAAUUUUCAAAAACCCAUAGUGAGAAUCGAUUCCCCAGACAAUUUCACAUAAAAGUCUCCAUAUUGACCAUUGUCCUAUGUCCAAUCCUUGGGAAGAUACAGCGGUUUUAGAAAUAAAAAUGAUGAAAAAAUGGGUUUUUAUAUGGUUUUUGGCAAUUUCUAUAUGACAGACUUGGUUUUUCAGUCUCGUAAAUAUUUUUACCGGAAAGCUCGCCCAAUUUCCCAUAAGUUUGCCUUUGACAGCAUUUCAAUUGGAUAUAAGGGCUUACAGAUAUAAGCUAAAUUACAUUGUUAAUAACUGAAAAGGGAAUAUUUUUUCCAGUGUGGUAGAAACCUGGAUAGUAAAUUAGCGUACGUAAAUAUCAAAACGAGUCAAAUCAAAAAGCUGUCUCAGGCAAACUUAUGGGAAAUUUGACGAGCUUUCCGGUAAAAAUAUUUACGAGACUGAAUAACCAAGUAUGUCAUAUAGAAAUUGCCAAAAACCAUCAAAAAACCCAAUUUUUCAUCAUUUUUAUUUUUAAAACCGCUGUAUCUUCCCAAGGAUUGGACAUAGGACAAUGGUCAAUAUGGAGACUUUUAUGUGAAAUUGUCUGGGGAAUCGAUUCUCACUAUGGGUUUUUGAAAAUUUUGACGAUUAGACCACUUUUCAAAAAAACAGUUUUAGUAAAUGAUUUUUGUGUUUUUUUAGGAGGGACAUACCAUCCUGCAUUUUUCGUCAGUCUUUUGGUAACAUCUUAGGCGAUUUACUCAAAAAUUUUGAACGAAAAAAAAUCGUGACAACACCUUUAAAUUUAAGUUUUAGACAUAAAAAUCGAAAAAUCUCAUAGAAGUGGCGUGUAUUUUUGUUUCAGUGUAUUUUUUUCAGAAAGCCCGUCCAAUUUCCUACAAGUUUGUCUUUGACCACUUUUUGAUACGACGCAACGGCUUCGAGAUACAGUAAUUUUUAAAUUGCAAAAUACAACAAUAUUUAAAUACCUUACGCCCUUCUCAAAUGUUAUUUUCGAGUACUAUUGGCUCCAUAUACACAAAAAUGGUUUAUAUAGGCCUAGGAUAACAUGUCUAAAAAGUUUCAUUGAAAUCGGAGAGGGUCGGGUACAUAAGUACCAGAAAAAUUCUUGAUUUGAGCUGGAAUUGCUCCAAAGAAAAAAUAUGGUCAUGAUGACAGUAUUCAACUCUUACGACAAAAAGUGGCUUUAAAUCGUUAGGAUAAGAGUAUUUUUUUUUACUUUGAAAACUUUUGCUUUUGCUGUUACAAACUAUGAAAAAUAAUGUGUUGGUUGAAUUAAAAGUAUAUAUUUUUAUUUUGAAAGUAAAUUAUGUUUUAAAAUAUAUAUUCGUUUUUGCUAUGUUUUCUAGUUAUUAAAUAAUUAAAAAUUAUCAAAGUGAGCGAUAAGUUUGCAGAUUUUUUCUUUGGGCGCCUAGAAAGUUCUGUACAAAUUUCUAGCGUUUGGUUAUCUGUGAACUGUCCCAGACUCGUUCGUAGGCUCAUGUGUCAAAAAUCUUGGCUUGUGUUUCCGGAGUGUUGAUUAGCGGAUUAGUCGGAUUCUAAGUGAGGUAAAUUUAACGAAGCUGGUCCGGAAAUGGAAAAAGGAAUUCGCUUUGUGGACGUUGGCAAUCCGGCAAAGUCCGGCAGCGACGAUUCGGACAGUGAAACCGGUCAGAGUGCCGGAGACUCUAAUUCUGAUGCUGAUGCAAGCUCUGAUGGGACGUCCAGCAACGAGGACACUGCCAAAGAUUCCGACAGUGAGGAUGAAGAAUCCGAGCGUGUAUCGUCUCAAUCAUCGAUUACAUCCAUAGAUGGAAGCAAAGAGAACCACCCCCCGCGAAACAUAACCUCAUCUGAUCUUCAAAAUCUCAUUGUCACGCGCUGGAACCUUGGAGCUGAAGUCUUCAAUGUGUUAGAAGGAAAAGUGAAGGUUGAUACGCUUAAGCUGUUGAGAGAGUCAGAUCUGCAAGAAUUGUUUGGGAAGGAGCUCAUGGACGAAAAAGUGCGCCUUCGUCAAAAAUUACAAACUUGGCCAGCAUCUGUUAUGUUCGUUCCUCCACAAGAAGGCAGCUCAAAACCGAGGAAAAUCCAGCUGAACAGUUCUUCCGUGCGAGCUACUGACUUGAACGCGCUCCUCCAGACUAACGAGAAAGGGAAAAUAGUAGUCAGAUACUACGAACAGUACAAAACUCUCACCAAAUCUCUAAGGACGGACCUGGCCGGUGUCAUUGUUGAUUCGUAUAUCGCAGCUGGACGAAAGUUUCCCAUGCCUGACAUGGGAAUAAUCUCCUUAGUUGAUCUAACUAAAACAAUUAUUUUCUUUUUGUUUCUUUCUUUGUUUACACAGGAAACGUACUACACCCCUCGUGACAAAACCAUCAAGAAGAGCAACCCAUCCGGACUGAUCUACCACAAGUAUUUCAACUCGCCGAUUCGCGGGAAGUUUCGAUCGCCAUCGAAGAAAAAGCCAAAGAUCUCUGAAAACCGAGCACCGCCCGUCGAACCUUCUCAACAGCAACACGACGACCAAGCUUGGCUGAAGCACAACGACGCCCCGUUUGAUGUGCUGCAAGUUAAGUGGAAAGCUACAGCUGCUUACCGCAAACAGACGAUCGACGAAGUGGAACCUCCUUCCAAACUCGAAAAGAUUCUGGAUAACUGGCCCCGGUUCAAAGACGCAGUAGGACCUACGCUGAUCGACUGGGACUACGAGUAUCGGAACCCGCAGGCGGCCAACCAGCUGCUAUCGCGAUGGGAGAGUUUCGUUCCGAAAUUCAUUCAGCACGCCAAACAUUGCAACAUUGCAGAUCGAUCUGGGAUUAAGCUGCUUGAGAAAAUCAUCCAGUUCUCAAUGAACAAAUGUUCACGUGAUUACCACAUCUUCAAGCUGUUCCCAACCGUUUUGAAGCCGAAAAGGAUUGGAAAGCGAAAGCUUCCAACAAUUCUGGAUGCGCAGAAAGACCAUCUAGUUCAUUGUUACACGGCGAACGACAUCGGACCUAUCAUCGAACUCAGCAAGAAGAAGCGCGACUUGCUCCAACCGACAAUAAUCGUCGUUGGCGCUAACGAUACGGAGUUGGCACAGUUCUACGUUUUCAAGGACAACGUAUUCUGGAAAUCCUGCAGCUUCAUAAGGUGCAUUGAUCUUGUAGUUAAGUCUACAACGGUUCUGGGGUUGAAGUUUUCUCCGGUCAACGAGUUGGUGUGGGCCUUUUUGAGGACUUUUUUCUACCAGGAAGAAGGCGUAGAAAACUCGAAAUCGAGCAGCGUGUUCAGCCUCACAAAGGCACUCCAGUAAAUCGUGAAAAUGAAGUGCUCUCUUUGCUCAGAUAUUUUUUUACGUGCUGAUGAUUUGAUCGAACAUUUGCGACUCAGACAUGGAACGCCAUCAUUUUUUUCAUAUGAAUGUAUUGAGUGUGCCACAACAUUUUCAUCUAUUUAUACUUUUCGGCGUCAUAUGGAAAACCACGAGAAAAAAGAUAGAGCUAAUCAACAGUUAGUAACAGAUGCAGGUCAUCAAUCAAAUGAUACUAGCGACACAGAAGAAACACAACAAGAAAACAUAAUUGAAGACCUAGAAUUAGACCAAUUUGCUAGUAGUAGUAACCGUAUGUUAGUUGAUGAAGACAUCAAUGUAAACAAAACAAUACCUACAGAUUAUGUCUGCGACCAGCAGAGCAACGAGUCAGACGUGCGUCCCUCACACACCAAAAAAGUGCUAAAAAGUGCAAAAAUGCCUCACGGCAAGAAAAAGAGGCGGUCCUCACCAGCAGGAUCGGCAGAUUUGAAGAAGCUAAAGAAUGCCGAAGCGCUACCUGCAAAGCCAGGCAGUUUGAGCAAGGACGCUCAAAAUUCGUCUGGAAACCAGUUCGCUACCCUGCCUGUGGACGUGAGCGAGAAGGAAGAAUUUGAACGACGGGAAAAGUUGCCACCCAUUUUUGUGAAAACAUCGUCAUCGGAUUCGGUGCGAAAGUGGCUGACCGGGUUUAUCAAAUCUGGUGCUUUACGAGCUUCCAUUCGCUUGUGUGCUGAUGGACUCAAAAUUCUGCUACCUACCAGAAAGGAUUACAACUACGUUCGGGAUUUCCUGAACAACACCAAGAUUGAAUACUACAGCCAUGACGAUCCAGGUAAACGCCCCAUGAAACAGGUCCUCCGUGGCCUGUACGACAUGGAUGUGAGUGUGCUGAAAGAAGAGCUCAAAACUCUAAAGUUGAACGUGAUCGAAGUCUUCAAGAUGACGAGACACAACAAGGACAUCAAGUAUCGUGAUCAACUGUACCUGGUUCAUCUCGAGAAAGGAUCGACAACGCCGUCUGAGCUGAAAGCAGUUCGGGCAAUUUUCAACAUCA